AUGUUGAUAAAAUCAGAUCCAAAAGCAAGAGGGACUGCCAAGAAACAACAGCACCUAACGCACAAUAGAUGCUCUAGAAAACUUAAAGUCCAACAUGAAUUAGAGAAAUUCGCGAUGGACAGCCAUAAUGAUGGUGAUGAAACAAAUG